GGACGCAGGACGGGAGGCUCGCUCCUGCGGGCGCGCUUGUUUUUCUGCGGCCGCCUCGCCCUGCGCAGCCCCCGCCCGCCUGAACGCCGCGCUCCGCUCAGCCCCGCCCGCCAUCCGAGCCCUGAGCUGGAUUUAUGAAUGGGGGGAAGAGGCCACAUGCCGCCGCCGCCGCCUCGUGUUGACCGCAAGCAGCCCGGGCCCGCGGAGCUCCGCCGGCUGCCGUAAGAGCGUCGGCCCGGCCCCGGCAGCCGCUCCGAGGACUUGUUGCUGCUGCGCUGCCGCCGCCGCGGGGAAGCCGGCCGCUCCCGGGACUCGGGAGCCGGAGGGUGGCCCCUGUGAGUGUGAGUGUGAGCGCGCGCGCGCCCCAGACCUUCGCAGUGAGCCUGGACUGUGCGCUAACUCGCCUUUUGAGGGUGAAAGGGGGGGGGGCGUGUCCGGGGGCCCGAGCAUCUGAGUGUCCAGUCCUAGCCGGGGAGCGUGAGGGCUUGUUCCUGCCUCCCCUGGCCCCUUGCUUGGGUCCUCGGCUCGCCUUUUCCCUCCUGCCUCCCUCGCCGGAGCUGCCUGCCCAAACCCCAACCACCUGUGCACCGGAGAAACCCAACUCCUCCUGCUCCGCGCCCCGGGGGGAGGCAGGGGCAGGGCCAAGCCGCAGAGGGGGCCGCCGCCGCCUCCUGCCUCUUCUUCGUCUCCUCCCCCUCCCCCGUCUGACGCUGCCUCCUUGGGAAGGGUGUUUGGAGGGCAGCGGCCGCCCCAAGCCGAAGCCCCGCAGCGCUUCUUAUGAUCAGCUCGGUGUGUGUCUCCUCCUACCGUGGGCGCAAGUCGGGGAACAAGCCUCCGUCCAAAACAUGUCUGAAGGAGGAGAUGGCCAAGGGCGAGGCGUCGGAGAAGAUCAUCAUCAACGUGGGCGGCACGCGACAUGAGACCUACCGCAGCACCCUGCGCACCCUACCGGGCACCCGCCUCGCCUGGCUGGCGGAUCCCGACGGCGGGGGCCGGCCCGAGUCCGAUGGCGGCGGUGCAGGCAGCAGCGGCAGCAGCGGCGGCGGGAGCUGCGAGUUCUUCUUCGACCGGCACCCGGGCGUCUUUGCUUACGUGCUCAACUACUACCGCACCGGCAAGCUGCACUGCCCCGCCGACGUGUGUGGGCCGCUCUUCGAGGAGGAGCUCACUUUCUGGGGCAUCGACGAGACCGACGUGGAGCCCUGCUGCUGGAUGACCUACCGGCAGCACCGCGAUGCCGAAGAGGCGCUCGAUAUCUUCGAGAGCCCGGACGGAGGCGGCGGUGGCGCAGGGACCGGCGACGAGGCCGGCGAUGAUGAGCGGGAGCUGGCCCUGCAGCGCCUGGGGCCCCAUGAGGGAGGUGCAGGCUCCGGCGCGGGGUCGGGGGGCUGCCGUGGCUGGCAGCCCCGCAUGUGGGCGCUCUUCGAAGAUCCCUACUCCUCCCGGGCGGCCAGGGUGGUGGCCUUCGCCUCUCUCUUCUUCAUCCUGGUCUCCAUCACCACCUUCUGUCUGGAGACCCACGAGGCCUUCAACAUUGACCGCAACGUGACAGAGAUCCACCGAGUGGGGAACACGACCAGCGUGCACUUCCGGCGGGAGGUGGAGACAGAGCCCAUCCUGACCUACAUCGAGGGCGUGUGUGUGCUGUGGUUUACACUGGAGUUCCUGGUGCGCAUCGUGUGCUGCCCUGACACGCUAGACUUCGUCAAGAACCUGCUCAACAUCAUCGACUUCGUGGCCAUCCUGCCCUUCUACCUGGAGGUGGGGCUGAGCGGCCUGUCCUCCAAGGCAGCCCGAGACGUGCUGGGCUUCCUGCGCGUCGUGCGCUUCGUGCGCAUCCUGCGCAUCUUCAAGCUCACACGCCACUUCGUGGGGCUGCGCGUGCUGGGCCACACCCUGCGUGCCAGCACCAAUGAGUUCCUCCUGCUCAUCAUCUUCCUGGCCCUGGGCGUGCUUAUCUUCGCCACCAUGAUCUACUAUGCCGAGCGCAUUGGCGCCAGGCCCUCCGACCCACGGGGCAACGACCACACCGACUUCAAGAACAUCCCCAUUGGCUUCUGGUGGGCGGUGGUCACCAUGACGACGCUGGGCUAUGGGGACAUGUACCCCAAGACGUGGUCGGGCAUGCUGGUGGGGGCGCUGUGUGCACUGGCUGGCGUGCUCACCAUUGCCAUGCCCGUGCCGGUCAUCGUCAACAACUUCGGCAUGUACUACUCCCUGGCCAUGGCCAAGCAGAAGCUGCCUAAAAAAAGAAAGAAGCACGUGCCCCGGCCACCCCAGCUUGAGUCACCCAUUUACUGCAAGUCUGAGGAGACCUCACCCCGGGACAGCACCUACAGUGAUACCAGCCCCCCUGCCCCAGAAGAGGGUAUGGUUGAGAGGAAACGGGCAGACUCCAAGCAGAACGGCGAUGCCAAUGCGGUGCUGUCCGAUGAGGAGGGAGCUGGCCUCACCCAGCCCCUGGCCUCUGCCCCCACCCCUGAGGAGCGCCGGGCCCUGCGACGCUCUGGCCCCCGAGACAAAAACAAGAAGGCAGCCGCCUGCUUCCUGCUCAGCGCCGGGGACUAUGCCUGUGCCGAUGGUAGUGUCCGGAAAGGCUGUGCAAAGUCCCGGAGUGUAAACAACAUAGCUGGAGCAGCUGGAACCAGUCUGGGGCUGUCUCCACUGGCAUCAAGAUACAGCUCACCCUACCCUCCAAGAAAGCUCCCGCUCUCCCACCCCUUCCACCCUCUCACCAGCCCUCCACCUGGACACCCGGCCACUUAGCGGCACCCUCGGCUCUCCCCACCCCUGGGCACACACGCUCACAUGCCCUCCAGCCCUCAUACCUCCUGGGGCCUGAGGGAGCCGGGCGGGAUGCAGGAGAAUCCAGGCCCCUGAGCCUCUCCUCCACAGCACCCAGCUCCCCAGAAUGUUCAGCUCUGGAGCCUGAGAACAAGGGGGAGAUUACGCCCAGGGCUUGCACCUCCCCGGUCCCCAUCCUGAGCCGGACGUGCCAGCCCCCCACCCAGGACCUGUGCCUCUGGGCCUUGCCUGCCCUCAGGGCCCCAUCGUAAUCACAGCAAAUGCAUUUUCAUUCCUCGUGGCCUUCAGUCAGCAACCAGCCUGCCACUGAAUAUCUCUGUCUGUCUGUCUGUCCGUCCCACACCCAGACCAGCCAAGAAUAAGGCUGUCUCGUGGGGCGUCUCUGCUGGUGUGCAGGGAGCUAGGCCCGCGAGGGGAGUAGUGCCGCCCUGGGAGAGGAGGCCUGAUGUUCCCCAGCCCUGGCCUGGCACGCAGGUGGGGGUCCCUAGGGCCCCACAAUUGGCUGCCUAGGCGUGGGAAUGCCCUCCUCUCCGGAGUGACACCCGGCGGCAGAGCCCCGCACCCCAUCUGCGCCCCAGCAGUGGUGCCUCUCCCGCGCUGCUUUCUCUGCUUCCACGACAGUUUCUCCUCCCUCCUUCUCCGCUCCCCCAAACUCCCAGCCCUGCCUCUGAGUCACCUGCCGCUCCCACCCAGCCUCUGCGCUCUGUAUUGCUGCCAGAACCGGAGACUCAUCUAAUUUCUAUAAUUAAGUGUAUUCAUUUACCUAACGAGCCCAGGAGCACAACAGGUUUGUGAGUCAUUGAGUGAGCAGGGGUGCCCCCUGGGCAGGGGCAGCUGAGGGGAAGCGUGGGGACAGAAGCCAUCCUGCCCCUCGCACGUGGCCACUCCCGGGCCAGGCAGGGCCGGCUGCAGGCGGCCCCUCCCCAGCAGCUUGCCAGGGAGGCUCUCUGGGCCCCCUCAGCUUCAGGAACGCAGAAGGCCUCGGCCAAGCCAUUUCCUGUUUCACCUGAUGGGAAUUAGACCUGACAGUGGAGCCGUGCGCCUGGCAAUUUUUAGAGUCAGAUUAUGCAACUUUGUAGAGGGAAUGACUAAGGUCCGUAUCUGCUCCUUCCAGGGUGGGCAAAGAUAGGAACGGAAGGACAGAAUUCAGGGACUCGGCAGGAGGCUGGGGGAUUGGGAGGCCACCCCGGAAGGUGCACUGGACAGAAAGGUCAGACCAUUUCGUGAGGUUGGCUGUUGUGCAAAACCUGUGCCCGGAGCACCCCCCUUUCCGUGCCGUCUGUCUUCAGCCUUGGGCAGACACACGAAUGUCCCUUCCGGAAAAGUGUGUUCACGAUGGGCACUGGCAUACCCCAGCCCUGCUGUGGCCUGUGGGGCCUGUCUCCUGCUUGUUCUCAGAAUGAAAUGUCCCGCUAAGAGAUGAGAAAAUACAGUGGCAUCCAUGUGGCCUGGACAGGCCCCUUUCAGUGACCAGGGCUGGGAAGCCCCGUGGAGCAGGAUGGAGACAUUAGGCACCGUCUCGUCGCUGAAUCUGAGAGCCCAGCUGCUUUUCCUUCGUGAGGACGGAUUCGGUCCUGGCCCCGCAGGGCUCCUUGCCUGGGGGUCCUGAGUCUGAUGGGGAUGUGAUGAGCUAGGUGUCCAGUUUAGCCUGGACGCCACAGCUAUUUUCUCCUCUGACUUGCCUUUCUGGUUUGGGGAACUGAGUUGGCUAUUUCUGUGGCAGCCCUCAAGUUGUCAGGAGCCCAAGUUUCCACGGUACCCACCUCCUCCUUCCCUCUCCUCCCUCCCACAGGGAUGGGCAUGCUCAUGGCACCCCUCCGGUGGGCACAGAUGUCCCUGGGCGACAUGAUGCAGGAGUGCCAAGCUGGAGCCCCUGGUGCCUUGGGAGAUGGGCUCCCACCUGUCCCGCCUGGUUCUCUGGCUUCCGUGGGGGAAACAGAGGACCUAGCUAACAGGACGGCUGAGUAGGCUGCUACCUCUCAGGACCUCUGGACCUCCCAGGGCCCUGGGAAGGGGCAAAGUGAGUCCUGGAGUUUGCAGAGACCCACUGUACACGGGGCCCUGCCUAGGAACGCAGCUGCCUACGUGGGCCUCAGCCUGUCCAGACCUUGGGCCUCCCUCCUUAGGGGAAGGCUCUCCCUUCCACCUGUAAUCUGAGAGCACAGUUGGCUUCACGUUGGGUGUAGACUUGGACCAGUACCCUUUACUUUGUCUUCUAGAAGCCUUUCCCUCACAGCUGGGGCCCACCCCCUCCCCCACAGAGCAGGGAAGCAGCCGGGGUAGGAGUUAUUCACCUUCCGAGUUUGUACCAGGCCUGCUGACAAACUUAGAGGCAUUUGUCAGCCCCCAGGGCUUCUGGGAAGAGCUGCGAGCUGGAACCAGAGGUGGAAGAUGUCUGUUCAGUGUAGGCCGGGAGUCAGAGGGGAGACUGACUACCAGCCCGAGGGCUGGGGCUCCAGGAGUCACCCCCUUGGGUCCAGACUACCCUGUCACAGAGCUUCCUGGGAGAGGAGGGCCUCCCCUGCCCUGGUCAGAGAGUAUCACCCCCAAAUCCCUGCCCCCACAGCAGCCGCCUUGCCCGCCCUGCCUGUGCCCCCGCUGGGAGGGUAGGGGAAGGGAAGACCCAGGCCACUGACAUUCCAGGCUGAGGCUGAGCUGCCGAGAAGGGCUCACUGAGAAGGGUUGGGUUUCUCAAUAAGAUGCUCCUUUCUGGCCUUCUCUUCUGAGAUGGACACGUGCAUCCUCCCUGACCCUCCCCUUCGGCAUCCACCCUCCAACUGCUAGAACUCUGUUCCUGCCAGAUUGAGGAACUGGGGCCGGGCACGACAGGGCAGCACACUCAGGCACCUUCUUCACCAGCCACCCCCGUCCCUCCGCCCCGGAGACAAUGGAGUGGCCCCAGGUGGUAGGUGGCAGGUGGAGCUAUGCGGGGGUGGGCCGCCCAGGUUGGACUCCAGGCCACACCAGGAACGUCCCCCACUCCCUCCGUGCCAGCAUGUAGGGCUGUGAUCCCUCCGCCCACAGCACUGGGGUUUUGAAGACCUGAGGGCUUGUGAUUCCUGGAGCUCGUUACGUGAGCAGGUAUGGAGAUAAGCUGUAACAUGGCCUACGAGUCACCUUGGCCUAGUGCUGGGCAGGCAGAGGGGUGAUGAAGGGGCUCACCCCAUUCGCUGACCCAUCCUUGCUCUUCCUGGCCUCUUAGCCCGGGGUCCCCAUGCCUUCCAGCUCUGCUCCUGGCCUAGUCCUUAGCCCACAGGCUGUGGGUCAGCAGCUGGCUUCCUUCUAACAUCUCAUUCUUUGUUUCUCCCUUUCUUUUGCUGAACUCCUUGCCCCCCCAGACGGCAAUGUUGAGCCGAAAGCGUGCGUCCCAGUGUCUCACACCUGUGCUCUUUAAACACAGAGACCUGCCAAGACGCCCUCUCGCCCAGCUAUGCCCAGGCUGAAGUCCUCACCCUCUCUUAAGCGGCACCAACAUGAGAGAGGCAGGCAGACAGACAGAAAGCCAAAGGCUUAGGGAAACUCUGGAACCCUGGCAAGAAUCUUUCGCUGGGAAAGACUCAGAGACCCUUGUUUGCACAGGACUGACGGAAAACCUCCCAUGUGACCCUCCAGGCCCAGAGCCAUCUGGGUCUGAUGUUCUGUUCUGUUGUACACCGAAGAGAUAUAUAUGCACAUAUAGUAUCUAUAUUCGUACGUACUAUACUCGUGUGUGGUGCACGUGCUACUGGUGGUCUGUCUUCUCUGUUAGGCUGUGUCUCCCCAGGCCCAGGCCCCGCCCCCAGGCCCCCCUCUUCUUCACUGACUCCUUGUUUCUGCUGAACACGUGUGUGGAAUGUCCCAAGAAAGAGCGUCUGGGCUCUGCCAGUCCCAAGGGAGGGGGGGGGGUGGGCAGGCAGGCCAGACUUGGCCCCUCGGGGUUGUUUCCUUCCCCUGUGGCCGGUGGUCUGUGGGGAAGGCCCAGUUGCCCCCUGGGGUCACUGCUCCACUGGCCCCACCCCACCCCAGAUUGGGGUUCUACCUCCCACCCCACGCCCCAGUUUUGGGGGACUUCCAGGGGACUUCCUCUGGAGCUUCUUCGACUCCUCCUCCACCUUACCUGUGUCCUGGACCGAGGGGGCGUUUUGUCUUUUUUUAUUUUGGGGUUUUUGUUCUGUCUCCUCCGUCCAUUUGUUUUCAAAGAUGCUGCUGGGCAGACGGGCAGGGAAGGGGUCUGUCUGCCCCUCUGGCUCAGGGGUCUGAGAAGGGGAAGCCUCGGGCAAGCGGAGACCAGUUGCAAUACUGUACUUCCUGGCCGGUGGCCAGAGGACGCGUGCAAUAGCAGAGGCCAGGUGACCCCUUCAACCUUGGCCUCUGCCCCUCCCGCGGCCCUCUCACCGCAGUCCCACACGCCCUGCCCCUCCCUGGCGUUGGUCAGUCCUUUUGUAAAGCUGUCCCCUCGUGUGUGUGUGUGUGUGUGUGUGUGUCUGAGGCAUGCCUAGGCUGGGCCCUGCCGCCCUGUCUGCGCGCCUUCCACUGUCGUGCUGUGCUCGAGCCCCAAUAAAGACAUCUGGAGCGUCCUGCUGCUCCCGCCUCUA